AUGUCCACCUUCGAUUUCAUUGUCGUCGGGAGUGGCCCCUCUGGCAGCGCUCUCGCCGCCGGCCUCGCCAAGGCCGCCGCAAAGCCUCGCAUACUCCUCCUGGAAGCGGGCGAUCUCAACGAAGAUCGCAAUCUCCGCGUGGACGGACAGCGAUGGCUCACUUUCCAGGACAAAUCCAUGAAUUGGGGGUACAAAACUACCCCGCAGCCAGACUGCAACAAUCGCGAGAUCGAUUAUAGUCGUGGCCGCUGCGUAGGCGGAUCCAGCGCCAUCAACUUCGGUGUAUACACUGUCGGCGCACGCGAUGAUUACCAGGAGUGGGCGAGAAUUACCGGUGAUGAUGACUUUGCGUGGGCGAAUAUUCAGCGGAGAUUAAAGAAUCUGGAGACCUUCCAUGGAGAAAUGCCGGAGGGGAUGGAUAAGAAAUAUGCGAAUCCAAAACCUGAAGACCAUGGAAGUGAGGGCCCGCUGCAUGUAGGCUUUGCAAGGGAGUGGGAGAGGGAUGUGACGGAAUUGUUGGAUGUUUGCGAAGACGCUGGAUUCCCUUUGAACCCGGAUCAUAACUCGGGGAAUCCGAUCGGCAUGGCCGUGUUGAUUAACUCCGCGCACAAGGGCUUGCGAUCGACCGCCGGCGAUCUGAUCAGCGAGAAACUCGACAACCUGACUAUUGUCACUGAUGCUCCUGUACAGCGUGUCCUCUUGGAGGGCAAGAAGGCCGUUGGCGUUGAGUCGAACGGCAGAAAAUACCACGCCACCAAGGAAGUCAUCCUGUGCGCAGGCACGCUCAAUGAUCCCCGUAUCCUAAUGCACUCCGGCAUUGGUCCAGCCGCCCAACUCCAGCAACACAACAUCCCCGUGGUGCAAGAUGUCCCCGGCGUCGGCCAGGGACUCCGCGACCACUGCUUCGUGACAAUGGUCAACACCCGCGCAGAUACCAGCACAGACCGCAAAGCCUUCUACGGCGACAAAGCCGCCAUGGAGGCCGCCCAGAAGCAAUGGCAAGAAGACGGCACAGGGCCGUGGGCCAAAUUCGCCUGCGAGAUGGGCAUCGGCUUUUUCAAAUUGACCGAGCAACUCACCUCCACACCGGAGUUCAAGGCCCUCCCCGCAGACGAACAGAAGUAUCUUCUGCAAGAAACCGUGCCGCACUACGAGCUCCUCACCCACUUCCCCGUCCACUGGUUCAUCCCGGAUUUCCCCGCCGAGGCAAUGAGCUACUCCUGUCUAACCCUCUUCUUGUUCAACGCGCAGACCCGCGGAGAAGUCACUUUGCAAUCGUCCGAUCCUGACACCCCGCUGUCUUUCAACCCUAGGUUCCUGGAGCAUCCGUUCGACCGUCGGGUCGCGAUCGAAACUUUGCGGGAUGUGUUCCGUCUUGCUAAGCAUGAGAGAUAUACCAAAGACAAUGUUGCUGCGCUGGCGAUGCCGAAGAGCGAUUCCGAUGAGGAUCUGCUUGAGUACUGGCGCCAGAAUAUGUUGUCGAGCUGGCACAUGUGCGGCACGGUGAAGAUGGGCAAGAAGGGUGAUGAGGAUGCGGUUGUGGACCCGGAUUUCAGGCUCAUUGGUAUUGAAAAUCUGCGGGUGGCUGAUAUGGCGGUUAUACCUGUGUUGGUGAAUGCGCAUCUCCAGGCUGCUGCCUAUGUUACCGGUGCGACUUGCGCGGAGAAGUUGGUGAGGGAGUAUAACCUUGCUUAG